AUGAGGUGAGAAAAUGAAAGAAGCCCAACACCUAAAAAAUACAUUGAAGAACACAAUCUCAAGUUUAGUCCAAGAAUGCAGGAACAUGAGAGAGCUUAAACAAAUCCAUACCCAUAUCCUGACUUGUCCAAAUCUUUCAAACAAUGACCAACAUUUUCUCAUUACUCGUCUCCUUUACUUUUGCGCCAUUUCUGAUUGGGGCUCUCUCACCUAUGCUGCCAAUGUUUUCCGACUCAUAAACAACCCAAAUACCUCUAUCUGUAACAUAAUGAUCAGAGCUUAUGCUACUAAAAUCAAUGGAGUUGAUAACACAAAUGCUUCAUCUCGGUCUUUGAUUCUAUAUAAGCAAAUGCUUUGUGAUGGCAUUGCACCUGAUUUCCUCACUUUUCCAUUUCUAGUAAAGGAAUGCACGACGAGGCUCGAGGGUGACAAGGGCCGAAGCAUUCAUGCCCAUGCCAUCAAGUUUGGAUUUGAUAAUGAUGUUUUUGUUGGGAAUUCUUUGAUAAGUCUGUAUUCGGUAUGUGGGUAUUUGAGUUGUGCCCGGAAGGUGUUUGAUGAAAUGUCGAACAGGGAUGUGGUUUCUUGGAACUCGAUGAUUAUUGGGUAUUUGAGAAGAGGGGAACUUGAUAAGGCGUUGGAAUUGUUCAGGAGGAUGAAGAAGAGGAAUGUUAUAACUUGGAAUUCAAUUAUAGUGGGGUUCAUUCAAGGUGGUCGGCCGAAGGAGGCCUUGGAAUUUUUCCAUGAAAUGCAGAUGGUAAGGGAUGAGAUGGUUAGACCGGACAAGAUCACAAUUGCUAGUGUCCUUUCAGCUUGUGCCUAUCUUGGUGCAAUUGAUCAUGGUAAAUGGAUGCAUGGUUACUUGAGGAGAAGUGGCCUAGAGUGUGAUGUGGUAAUUGGCACGGCAUUGGUUGAUAUGUAUGGCAAAUGCGGAUGUGUGGAAAAAGCAUAUGAGGUCUUUAAGGAUAUGCCUAAAAGGGAUACCUUGGCAUGGACAGCAAUGAUAUCGGUGUUUGCUCUUCAUGGGUUUUGUAAAGAGGCUUUUGAUCUUUUUGAAGAGAUGGAAACGCUUGGGGUGAAGCCUAACCAUGUGACAUUUGUUGGGCUAUUGUCGGCUUGUGCUCACUCUGGUCUAGUAGAGAAAGGACGCUGGUGUUUUGACAUGAUGAGACGUGCUUACUCAAUUGAACCACAGGUUUAUCACUAUGCUUGUCUGGUUGAUGCACUUGCCCGUGCUGGGCUUUUUGGAGAGGCAGAAGAGCUUAUUAGAGGCAUGCCAAUGGAGCCAGAUGUGUUUGUUUGGGGUGCGUUACUUGGAGGUUGUCAAAUGCAUGGGAACAUAGAAUUAGGAGAAAGGGUGGCACAGUAUUUAAUUGAUUUGGAACCUCUGAACUAUGCUUUUUAUGUGAACUUUUGUGAUGUAUAUGCCAAAGCUAAUAGAUUUGAUGACGUAAAGAGAAUUAGAGCCUUGAUGAAAGAAAAAGGGAUAAAGAAGGAAGUCCCAGGCUGCAGCAUGAUUGAAGUUGAUGGGGUUGUCCAUGAAUUUUCAGUGAGAGGAUCACCUGAUGUUUUAAUGGAGGAAGUAGUCUGUAUUUUGAAUGGGUUUAGUAACUUGAUGAAGAUAGAAGGAUUUAUGCUUGAUCAUAAUAAGAAUUCAUUGAAGGCAAACAUUAUGUGAUAACAUAGUUAUAUUUUAUUUCAAAGCAAUUUGUUUAUAUGCUCACACUUGGGAAACUGACAUUCUGCUGUUUGUGGAGUUAUUGAAAGUUAUUCAAGAACCUCCAAGCACUAUUAUGAAAAGGAAUUUAUUGUAUGAGGAAAAUUUAUCAAAGGUAUACUUAAGGGAAUGAGAUAUACAUCCCUAGGAGAAUAAGGUCGCUCUUGAUUAAACCUUAUUUUAUAGGCAACCCAUGUGUUCUGACAAAAUUUACAGUUGCUUGCCAUUACUGAUCCAAAAUUAUCAUGUUUCCAGAUUUUCUCUACAACGUUUAUCUUGACUUAAUUUCAGUCUGACGGAAAGAAGAAAAUAUUAAUUGAAAGAUCAGCAGCCAUGAAAGUCUUCUCAAUGAAAGCCGACCUGUUUUCUCUGAAUCCAAUGGUCAGAAUAAAUGGCGCCACCAACAUAAGCUUGUGAUGUAUUAAUUCUAAACAAAAGUUUUAAGAGAUUUCAGCAAAGCUGUUUUUUGAACAAAUGCAACAAAAUUAGUUUAUUUUCCAGAGAGAGAGCAACAAAGCAAUUGAUGAAUUUGCAGGUUUGGUAAUAGUCUUGAAAGUGAAGAAUUGAUGUAAUCUUAUUUGAAGUAAUUCCUCAGAGAAUGACUUCCUGAAUACUAAAUCAGAUAUGCAAGCAUGAUAUCUGGACAAAAUCAACUUUAGACUCAAAUUUUAAUGUGCAUUUGGGUUUCUUCUGGCUCAGAUGAGUUUAGAAAUUGUUUCUCUGAAGCCUUUGAUGACUUAGCAAUAUCUGAGAGAUGGUUGCAGAAAAUUUCCUUCUUGUUUGGCCCUUCAUUGCAACCUCUGCCUGUUGGAUUAAUUUAUGUAAUUUCGUGAACAGAGGCAAAUGAUAUAUAUUGUCAAGUGUUUGGUGGUGACUGGUGAGUGAGAAGGAUCCGAAGAAUAUGACAGAAAUAUCUAAGAGAUUUUGCUCACUUUUAACAUUGUUGUCAAGGACACAUCUGCAAACACACUGAAUUGGUUCUUUUGCAUGCUCUGUAAACACCGUUUGGUUCGAGAGAAGGUUACAUGUGAAGUGAGAGAAGCAGCUGAAGCUGAUAGUAUCACAUCUGCAUGAUGAAGUUGCACGGAUGAUCACUGAUGCUUCCCUUGAAAAGAUGUGGUAUCAGAAAUAUCAAAUAUAUCAGGUAGCCUUCUUAUUUCCAGCCGUAAACCUAUAUCCCCGUGGUACUCAUGUUGAUCAACUUAGAAAGUAGAAACUAAAACAUACAGCUGAGCUGACCAUCCACUGCUAGGAUUGUAACGCUAAAGAAUGGGUCCAGGCCUGUAUUCUAUGUAUGAGACAUUUCCCUUGCUUCAUUAAGAUUGAACUUGCAGCAAAUAUGGUAUUGUCUCUCGAUUGUAACCAGAUACUGAUUAUUCAUGUCGUCAGGGCUAAGUAGACAUCCUUCAUCACUUCCUUAUCCUUUCAAAAUAAGAACUUCGACUUUCUUUGUUCAUGGAAGCACAUAGUAACAUAAUGAACAGCUAAAAU